AGGGCAGCAGGGAUUUGUGAGGAAUAAGCGGACAAGCAAGGAGACUCGGAGCUGCGGCAUUUUCUUUCAGUGUUCGCAUCGUCCCUGCUCAUUUAUUUUUUUUUCUUCUCGCAAGCACACUCCCUCCCCCCUCCUACCCCCGGCCAGAAGGAGAACAGAGUAGUAUCUGUUCGACAUUUCAGAGACGCAAAUGCCCGGUCCCACCCAAGCCCUUUCACCAAAUGGAGAGAAUAACAACGACAUCGUCCAGGACAACGGAACCAACAUCAUCCCUUACAGGAAAAAUACGGUGCGAGGAGAGCGCGCCUACAGUUGGGGGAUGGCGGUCAACGUUUAUUCUACCUCAAUAACCCAGGAGACUAUGAGCAGGCAUGACAUUACUGCCUGGGUUAACGACAUUCUCUGCCUAAACUACACAAAAGUGGAGCAGCUCUCAUCAGGAGCUGCUUAUUGCCAGUUCAUGGAUCUGCUCUUCCCUGGCUGCAUCAGUCUUAAAAAGGUCAAAUUUCAAGCUAAAUUGGAGCAUGAAUAUAUCCACAAUUUUAAACUGCUGCAGGCAUCCUUCAAAAGAAUGAAUGUGGACAAGAUUAUUCCUGUGGAGAAACUGGUUAAGGGCAGAUUUCAGGACAAUCUCGAUUUCAUCCAGUGGUUUAAGAAAUUCUUCGAUGCAAAUUAUGAUGGUAAAGAGUACGACCCGGUUGCAGCUAGGCAGGGCCAGGAUGCCAUUCCCCCACCUGAUCCCGGUGAGCAAAUCUUCAACCUGCCAAAGAAGUCUCACCAUGCUGCCAGCUCCCCUACUGCAGGAGCAUCAAGAUCGAGCGCYACUACCCCGAAGUCUUCAACACCAACAUCUAGACCUUCAUCAGCCAAAAGGAUACCUGUGGUUGCWACAACUCCCGCCAAGGGAGAGAAAGAACUGGAAGCACAAGUCACACAUCUUACUGAGCAAGUGAACACACUAAAGUUGGCACUGGAAGGAGUUGAGAAGGAGCGGGAUUACUACUUCAGCAAGCUGCGAGAAGUGGAGCUGCUGUGCCAGGAGCAGGGGGAAGAAAAUGCUCUGUUUGUCAACCAGCUAAUGGAGACGCUUUACGCCGAGCAGGAUCGAGCGGAGCUGGCUGAGGGUGAUGGACAGGAAGCGAACGAAGAAGCCCUCGAGGGGGCUUCACAUGAUCAGCAGGAGGAACAGGAUGAAUACUGACUGCCAUCACCACUCACUAGUUUUACCCCUUUUUAAGAUGUGAGAACCGUCAAGGAUUUUAUUUUAUUUUUCCCCUCCUCAUGGUUUUUGUUCUCUCUGAGACUGAGCACAUGAAGCAACUCCUGGAUAGAAGUACCACCGCAGGGUUUUUAUUUUGUUUUGUAUCUCCUUGCUCACCGUUUGAUGUUUUUGUGACUUUUGGUGAACUGCUGUGGCAGGUUGGUGUUCAUGACCUCUACUAGCAGACAAGCUCAGACCAUCACAGAAGUUCCCAAGGACUAUGUGUGAGUGUGUGUGUGUGAGUGUGUGUGUGAAAAAUCAGUUCAUAUUCUACAGUGGAUGUGAUAAAAUGCUGAAGUUUAGACGGGUAACUGUUACCUGUCAGUGCAAGUGUUAAACUAUAAGCUUUUGUCCUUUUUUAUUUGGUUAUAUUUCAUAUCAAUAAUUACAAGAAUGCAAUAAGCAAUGCCCUGGAAGGGCUCCUAGUAGCUCUUAUUUAACCUUCUCCCGUUCGUUGAACUGAUAUUGACUCUGUAUUGGACAAUCUGUCCAUAGAUAUUCACCAUAUUUAUUAUUAUAAUUAUUUUUAAGCCUUAGAAAUAGUGCAAAAAUCUGCAUUGCGUCCUACAUGAAGGAGGACAAUACAGUCAUUAAAUAGUGAAUAAAAAUGUAGUAAAAUGCCAGCUUGGAACAGUUUGACAGCUGUCCUCACAAAUCCAAGAUUUCAGAUAAUCAAGAUAGUUUUUGACGCUGUCCAACUAGGCUUGACUAGUUUAAUAAUGAACAAAUGAUUUCAACUUAAGCUGGAACUGUUCAGAAUUCUGACAUUCUGACAAUUUUCCUUUUUUUUUAAACCACGUCUUAGAGUGACAAAUCAGUUCACUGAGCAGUUUGUCUCACUAUAUUCCAGUAAGUACAUCGUAUACCCAUUCUUAAUAUUACAUUUACUAAUACUGAGAUGGACAGCUCACCACAAUGCUUUAGUUAUAUAUUAUUGUGUAAAUGAAAAAKGAAUGUAAACAUGUAAUGUCAAUAAUUAUUGAAUGGUAAAUGUUUUCUUUUUUUCCCCCCGUGUCCCACUCAUUAUGCAUUCCGCAGAAAAUGUGUUGCAUGUUAGCAUUUUAUUUGUGAAUAACUUGACCUGCUUUUUACAUAUUUAAUAAAAAACAGACAUGUUACGUGA